AUGAUAAAGGUGUAUAACCCUGAAUUACUUAUUUCUGAUGCUUAAGAUAAAUUAACACAACUAGUUCGAGAUGACUUUAAGCCAUUCAUACUUAGAUGUGAAUAACAUAAGCUGUGUAUAUUAGAGAAUGAGAAUCUAAUCCUCUUUUCUGUUCUUUUUGAUAAAUGUUCUUCAAUAAUUGAUGAAGUCUAAUUGUAUUUUUGAUUAUUUAAAAAGAAUGAUCACACUUGUAAACUAGAAGGAUGAAUCUAAAAUUAUAGCAAUCAAAUUUGCUGAUAAGAAAGCUAUGUCAUACUUAUAACAUUAUGUAAUUUUAUAUUACAAUAUCAAGAUCAAUUAAAGGAAGACUUAUACAAAGUAUAUGGGUCCUUUGGCAUAUCAACCUGUGAGAAAAGAAAGAACAUCCUUAUUAAGUACAGAAUCACCAGAACAAAAUUUUAGAGGAAUAUUAAAUUUGGCAAUUUUGAUAUUAAUAGCCAAUCACAUAAGAUUGAUAUUUGAGAAUUUUUAGAAAUAUGGUUUACUUAUAACAAAUGUAUUCUGGAAAUUUGAAAUGAUGCAAAUCAACAGUAAUCCAAUUAUGUAAGCCAUAUUGGCAAUCAUAUUAAAUUUAUUGAUUGCUUUUGGAAUUUAAUAUUUAUAAUUUAUAAGAAAUCAAAGUCCAAAUUUAAUAAGAGUAUUUAAUAUAAUCAACAUUACCUCAACAAUAAUUAUUCCUUGUUAUUUAAUUUAAGGAUCGCAUCCUGGAUUAAAUUUGAUUUUUUUGGGCCUCUAAUUUAUUGCUUUUAUGAAAAUCAUUAGUUAUGCUCAUUUUUUAAGAAAUACUUAUUUUUAUAUCUAGAGAAUAAAGUAAGUUAAAAAUAAGAAAGUUUCUCUUGAUAAUUUCUUUGCUGAAUAUGAAGUCAACAAUGAAAACCUAAAGAUCUUAGAGAAGUAUGCAUAAAAUUAAGCUAAAAUAUUGGAUUUUAAACAUUACUUAUACUUUUUAGCAGCUCCUACAUUAUGUUUCUAAUUAUAAUAUUUAAGAACAUAAUAAAUACGUAAGGUUUGGUUAGUAAAGAGAAUAAUUGAAUAUAUAUUUGUCAUUCUCUUUUUAGUGAUUAUAUGGUUUUAAUACACAGAGCCACUUGUAGAGAAUACAUAUAAAAUGCUAUCAAAGGCUCCAACUAUCAUGGUUCUUGUUGAUCGAUUAUUAAAAUUAGCUAUACCUAAUACUUAUAUGUGGAUAGCUCUAUUUUAUGGAUAGUUUCAAUGUUUUUUGAAUAUAACAGCAGAAUUACUUAGAUUUGCUGAUAGAGAGUUUUAUAAAGAUUGGUGGAAUUGUAAGAAUUUAGAAGAAUAUUGGAGAUUGUGGAAUCUACCUGUUCAUCAUUGGUUAGUUAGUAUAUUAUUUAUUUUUAUAAUUAAGGACAUAUCUAUUUUCCAUGUCUCAAAUCUGGAAUGAGUAGAACUACUUCAAAUAUGAUUGUGUUUUUAGUAUCAGCAUUAGGUCAUGAAUAUAUAGUUAGUGCUUCUAUAGGUGUUGUAGAAGCUUGGGCAUUUGUAGGAAUGUUUGCUUAAGCGCCAUUUAUGUUAUUAUAAAAGAAAUUAGAAAAGGUAAAUAUUAAUUAUAUUGUAAGUUACUUAAAUUAUAAGAUUCUUAAUUAGGAAAUUUAAUGUUUUGGAUGACUUUUUGUUUUAUUGGAUAACCUAUUAUGAUUUUUGUUUAUUACUUUAGAUAUCUAGAAAAGAUUGGACAUCCAAUUUGA